UUCAUCACUUGUUUUUGGUGUCUGUGCGGCUGAGAUGGUGCCUACCCACUGUAGUAAUUUUUCUCGCUGUAACCCUGUCCUCCUGCUUCUCCAGGGCUUCGGAAACUGAGCUGCUGUCACCGUGCUGGGGCCAGAGCUUGCUUGCUUUUAGGAGCGAGACCGUAUAUCAGCGCUGCGUUGGAUGGUUAACAGGAAAGGCCAAACACUAAUUCAUGCAUCGCUCAGCUUGCUUUUAAUGUGAGUCUCCACAUUAAGCCUCUGACCUUUCCAGGAGCUGGUGGCGGGGUCAUUCCAGCUCUAAUGUUUGCAUAUGCAGAAGACCAAUAUGUUUUUCCUGAUUCUCAAACGAUCUCCAUAACUCUUUCCUUCAUGUGCUACAUAUGCAUAGCCUUGUAGAAGCCCCAGGCCACGCUGCAUUUGGCCAGGCGUCUGUGAAUUAUUUUUCAGUGGGAUGCAGCAGUAACAAAAAAGAUCUUUUUCAUUUUUUCCAUACAGCAGGGGAACUUACAAGACCUGAAACAAGCUCCUGUCAAACUGGAACUCCAGUGACUGUGCAAGGGAAUGCACAGUCUUACCCUUACUGCUGGGUUAAGCCCUUAGAGUGUUUUAUAUGGAUCGGGCACAGGAGUCUUUUUCUGAAGCCUGACUGAGUAACUUUGUUCUGUCUGGCUAGGGAAUUUUUAGAGUUUUAUUUUUUAAUGUGAACAGUGGUGAUUAUCUGAUAUGAAAGCAGUAAACAAACAUCGCUGGGUUUACUGUGCUUAUUCUGGGCACAGUGUAGCACAAUAUUUUGCAAUUGGGAGUGUUGUGAAACUGGUUUUCAGUUGGUUGGGAAAUACAUGUGACUGCGUAGCUGAAUCUGCCAGGAAACUGCCUGGCUAAUUCUCUCAUUUCCUUGGGUACAUGGAAAAGAAUGACCCACCCAAACCCUUCCCAUUCCAUAGUAGGUACCCGCUCUUCAGCUGCGGUCUCUGUACACCAUCGCAGUAACUGCAGCCUGCUAAGGUGCAGCGGGCAGUAUGUCAAACUUCUCUAGGUUCCUGGAUUAAAGGUUGCUCAAGCAAAUGUAAAUAUUACUUUAUUGCACUGAAAAACUUUGUCAUCUGCAUUAUAGCCCCGUAGUGGGGGAAGGAAAACCAAACCUCUGCUUAAAAUGGUAAUUAUUUAUACUGCACGCAAAAUCUUAGGAGCCACACUUCUGCCCCUCUGCAAUUGCCAGCACUAUUUGCUGGAUUCCUUAAGUGGGUAUGUGGAGCUUAAACAGCACAGCAAGAAGGGAGGGACGGGAGGCAGUCACAACAGAAGGCUAGGGAGACAUGAUACGAGUUAGAUUUACGGACUACAUUAUACCUUGUUGAAGGUCUCCAGAGAAGAGCAAUGGAUACUGGACCAUCUCUUGAGGGAGCGAUGUGCCCUGUGGGGAGCAGCGAGGCUGUCCCCUUGCACAACGGCAGAGCAGACUGGGCUGCAGUUGUGGUUGGCUAACUGAUGCUCAGCUCCGGUGUGAUUUCCAUGCAGGAAAGAGGGAAGGAAAAGCCAAGGAGUCUCCAUGCAAACCGACCUUUGAGAGGGAAGCCCGGGUGCCCAGAAGGCACAGCAGCAUCGUGCAAGUGUUGUCCUGCUAUCCUUGGGGCGCUCGCUAAAACUGCCCCCUUCUCACUGCAUCAGGGUUGUAGUCUUGGGAAACCCUUUCUUCUGAGGGUUGGAGUGGGGGACUGCUCCCGGGGGGGCUCACUAGGGUCAAUCUUCAGCAUGGAUCUGAGCUCACAUGCAAAGCAGAGGAAUUAGUCAGGAAGACACUCCGGGAGCAGGAGUUGCCACAUACGCCUGCAUUUUGCCUGCUCACAAACAGCAGCCAAAAGGUUUAGCACAGCCAAUGUGUAUGGGCUGAGAGCUGGGAUGUGCUGGGACGUUGCUGGCACAGGCAUGUUCAUUUUUUCUCUGCUGUAAUUGGGCCUUUCCUCCCAUUUACCAGAAAGGGAACGACCUGCCUUAUCUUACUUGCUUACCUGACCGUUGAUCAGAGAGUCUGCCGUACACUCAGUCACAGGAAAAGAGAGAUCUGCGCUCUGGAGGGGCUGUGAAGAAGACGAGUUUCCAGCUACUUUUGCCACUGCGUUCUCUGUAAAGCUCCUGUAUUACUCGGCUGACUUUGAUCCUGUGUUGAUUUAGUGAUGGAAUAGUGACUUUUCUGGGAGCUUUCCAGGGGGAGAACCAGUGUAGAGCUAGGACAACAUCAGUGUUUCAUCCCUUGCCAUUCAAGGGGAGCAAGGACCAGGCCUUCUGCUCCAGGCUAGGAAAAACAAUCCUGAUGUUCCUGGGUCUACCUUUUCUCUCCCAAGAUGCUGAGAAGAGUCCUGUGUACAGUGUUGUUCAUGGGAGCCUUGCCAUCACUGGCUGAAGUGUCCCAGGGCCACAUUUCAGUGGUCUUGCUGGGAGCCACAGGUGAUUUGGCCAAGAAGUAUUUGUGGCAGGGUCUAUUCCAACUCUACAUGGACCAAGUGAGCAGUGGCCACAGCUUCACUUUCCAUGGGGCUGCACUGACAGCUCUGGAGCCAGGGCAGAGGCUGAUGUUUGAUGUGCUGAAGAAGCUGGCCUGUCCCCCAGACGAAUCUCCCAACAGGUGUGCUGUGCUCAAGGACCAAUUCCUGAAGCUGAGCCAAUACCACCAGCUGAAGACUGCCGAAAACUACACUGUGCUGAACAGAGAGAUAGAAACCCUGCUUCGCCAGGAGGGGCUAAAGGAGGCUGGAAGGAUCUUCUACUUCUCAGUACCACCAUUUGCCUACACAGAGAUUGCCCGCCACAUCAACAGCAGCUGCAGACCACCUCCAGGAGCCUGGUUGCGUGUGGUGCUGGAGAAACCUUUUGGCCAUGACCUGGAGUCAGCCCAGCAGCUGGCUGCAGACCUGACAAGCUUCUUCAGAGAAGAGGAGAUGUACCGGGUGGACCACUACCUUGGCAAACAGGCUGUAGCCCAUAUCCUGCCUUUUCGAGAUCAGAACCGACAGUUUCUGGAUCCAAUUUGGAACAGACAUCAUGUGGAAAGAGUGGAGAUUGUCUUGAAAGAGACGGUGGAUGCUAAAGGCCGCACCAGCUUCUACGAGCAGUAUGGAGUCAUCCGGGAUGUGCUGCAGAACCACCUCACGGAGGCCCUGAUGUUCCUGACCAUGGAGCUUCCAGCCAACGUGAGCAGGGCUGAAGAGGUGUUGCAGUGCAAGCUGCAGGCCUUCCAGUCCUUGCGGGGUCUGGACAAAAACAGUGCCGUGUUGGGUCAGUAUCAGGCAUACGCCAGCCAGGUACAGGAGGAACUGCAGAAGGCGCAGGACUACAUCAGCACGACGCCAACCUUUGCAGGUGUGCUGAUUCACAGCGACAGCCUGCGUUGGGAAGGGGUCCCUUUUCUCCUCACUUCUGGGAAAGCUCUGGAUGAGCGGGUAGGUUAUGUCCGUGUUCUCUUCAAGAACCGGGCCUACUGCACUCAGAGUGAGGCUCUGAGGGAUGCUGAGCACAGCCAAUGUAAAGCCAAGCAGAUCGUCUUCUACAUUGGGCACGGCGCACUCAACACCCCUGCAGUGCUUGUGAGCAGGAACCUUUUCAGGCCUGUCAUGCCAGAAGGCAGUUGGAGAGAAGCAGUGGGUCAGUCGGACCUGCACAUUUUUGGACAACCAUUGUCUGACUACUACGUGUACAGCCCUGUGAAAGAGAGAGAUGCGUAUUCUGUCCUCAUCUCCAACAUCUACCACGGCAGGAAGGACUUCUUCAUUACCACCGAGAACCUACUGGCCUCCUGGGCAUUCUGGACACCGCUGCUGGAUAGCAUUUCCCACCAGCCCCUCCGCCUCUACCCUGGGGGUGUGGAGAACCAGCACCUCUUAGACUUUGAAAUGGAGAGUGGGGAAGUGGCAUUCACACUGGCAGAGGCAGUGGAACUGCUGACCCCCAACAGGCUGAUGCCAAGUGAUUACAGGACAAUCCAGUCCAAAUUUCGGCAAAGUCCCCUAGUCUCAGCGUGGUCUGAGGACCUGAUUUCCCAACUGGCUUCUGACAUUGAGAAGACAGCGAGCAGGGCUGUGGCACGCUCCGGGCAGUUCCAUCUGGCACUGUCAGGUGGCUCAAGCCCGGUGGUCCUAUUCCAGCGGCUGGCAAGACACCAUUAUGCCUUCCCAUGGAAGCACACCCACAUCUGGCUGGUAGAUGAACGCUGCGUCCCUCUCACCGACACUGAGUCCAACUUCUUCAGCUUGCACAACCACCUCCUCCAGAGUGUCAGGGUGCCCUACUUCAAUGUCCACCCCAUGCCUGUGCACCUGAACCAGCGGCUCUGCGUGGAAGAGGACGGAGGCACGGAGCUGUACGCCAAGGAGAUCGUGGCCCUGGUGGCCAAUGCCAGCUUUGACCUGGUGCUGCUGGGGGUGGGCACCGAUGGGCACACUGCCUCGCUCUUCCCCCAGUCUGAAAAUGGCUUGGAAGGCGCUCAGACUGUGGUGCUGACUGAAAGCCCCGUCAAACCUCACCAAAGGAUGAGCCUUAGCCUACCCCUCAUCAACAAGGCCAGGCAGGUGUUUGUCCUGGUUUUGGGGAAGGGCAAGCACGACAUCACCAUCCUGCUCAGCAGAGUGGGCCAUGAGCCAAGGAAAUGGCCUAUCUCAGGUGUCAGCCCCAGCUCUGGCCAGCUGGUGUGGUAUGUGGAUUACGAAGCCCUGCUUGGGUGAUGCCUUCACAGUGUCCCUCCUCCCUUGUCUGCGUGGCCCUUACAGCCUGGAUUUUCCUACACAAUGUCCAUGUUUUUCUGUUGCCAGCAGCAGCUUCAUCUCUGACAGACUCCUCUAACCUUCUGGGAAAUCCGUGGCCUGCAGUGCCUCUGACAUUUGAGCCCGGAAAGCAGCUCGGCUCAGUGUUCAGAGCUAAGUAGGAGCCAAGAGCCCGCUGCAGCAUUUCUGGCUCUGCUAGGGAUUCUGACUGUGACUUUGGACAAAUUACCUCACCUUGAAGUGCCUCAGUUUUCCCUGUCAGGCCUUUGUGGUUAUUAGCAUUUAACUACCUCGCAGGCGCUAUGGGGGACUUGUUAAAUUAAGUACCUGCCAAUUUUUUUUCCUUUUUUUUUUUUUAUAAUUCUCAGGCUAAAAGACAGUAAUAACAUGUUCAUCCUCUGCCCUGCUCAGUCUGGCUGGGACAGAGUCGUCGUCUCGGUAAAGUGAUGGUUCUGUGCACAUGGGUGUGUAAUCUUGUAUGUGCAGCCCCUCUUGGGGUCAGCCAGCCACCGACUAUGGCUGUGCUCUCCUGGAAGCACAGACACCCAUUAACUUUUGUGGCAUGUGGCCCCUAAAUUCUGACACUGAUUUGUGAGCUCGCUGCAGUCCUGAGUCUUUGCAAAUUGCCCAGCAGCAGAGGCUGAGUUUAUAAGCAGUAAUUUGCUGCUUUCAUUAAGUGGAUAGCUGAUGCCAUGGGGGGUGGAAAAGGAAGACACAUUGCUUUUUAGGCUGUGGGAAUAAUGGGGACAGGGUGAGGAAUAUGGCAGUUCACAGAGCUCUUAUUUGCCUGCAGUGCAAUAAUUAUUGAGGGAAAAGCUUGGUGUUUAGAGGUGGUGUUUGGGUUUAGCUAGCAAAGAAAUGUCUUCUUUAACCGUC